UGUGACCUCACCUCUCCAGUGCCCCCGUCUCGGUGCCAGCUAUGAGUGCCUGCAACUUCACACAUACCACCUUUGUGCUUAUUGGUGUCCCAGGACUAGAAGAAGCUCACUUCUGGAUCGGCUUCCCCCUGCUUUCUAUGUAUGCCAUGGCAGUGUUUGGAAACUGCAUCGUGGUCUUCAUCGUAAGGAUGGAGCGCAGCCUGCACGCUCCCAUGUACCUCUUUCUCUGCAUGCUGGCAGCCAUCGACCUGGCCUUGUCCACAUCCACCAUGCCCAAGAUCCUCGCGCUCUUCUGGUUUGAUUCCCGGGAGAUUACCUUUGAUGCCUGUAUGACCCAGAUGUUCUUUAUUCACGCUCUCUCAGCCAUCGAGUCCACCAUCCUGCUGGCCAUGGCUUUUGACCGUUAUAUAGCCAUCUGCCACCCACUGCGCCACGCCGCAGUGCUCAACAAUACAGUGACAGCCCAGAUUGGUGUGGUGGCCAUGGCCCGUGGAUCCCUCUUCUUCAUCCCACUGCCUCUGCUCAUCAAACGGCUAGCCUUCUGCCAAUCCAAUGUGCUCUCACAUUCCUAUUGUGUGCACCAGGAUGUCAUGAAGUUGGCCUAUGCAGACACAUUGCCCAACGUGGUCUAUGGUCUUACUGCCAUUCUGCUGGUCAUGGGUGUGGACGCCCUGUUCAUCUCUUUGUCCUAUUUUCUGAUUAUACGAACAGUUCUACAACUGCCUUCCAAGUCAGAACGGGCCAAGGCCUUUGGAACCUGUGUGUCACACAUUGGUGUGGUACUGGCCUUCUAUGUGCCUCUCAUUGGCCUCUCAGUGGUGCACCGCUUUGGAAACAGCGUUGAUCCCAUUGUGUAUGUUCUCAUGGGUGAUGUCUAUCUACUUCUGCCUCCUGUGAUCAAUCCCAUCAUUUAUGGUGCCAAGACCAAACAGAUUAGAACUCGGGUGCUAGCUAUGUUUAAGGUCAGCUGUGACAAGGACUUUCAGGCUGUGGGAGGCAGGUGA